AUGACUCAUAGUAAGGAAUCAGAAGCCAAAUAUGAAAUCUGUUUGACUGCAUCUUUAGAUUGUGCAAGCUAUCUCUUAAUGCAAGGUCAUGCAUUCUGUGGACACGAUGAAUCUUCUUCUUCAUCGAAUAAGGGCAAUUUUCUAGAUAAAAAUGUUCGUAUGCUUGCACCACCAGUUCAAAAGGACCUUGCAAAGAGUUGUGCACAGGAUAUAACCAAAGAGAUAAAGAAAGAGAUUGGUGAUGGUUAUUUCUCUAUUCUUAUCGAUGAAUCUCGUGAUAUAUCAAUCAAGGAGCAGAUGACCGUGAUUGUGAGGUUCGUGAAUAAGAAAGGAAAGGUUAUGGAAAGAUUUUUGGGUCUUAAGCAUGUCACAGAAACAACAUCAGAUGCAUUGAAAGGAGCUUUAUUUGAGUUGCUUUCUACACACGGUUUGGACAUUGCAAGAGUUCGAGGGCAGGGGUAUGAUGGAGCUUCGAGUAUGAGAGGUGAAUUCAAUGGUCUUCAGAAACUCAUUAGAGAUGAGAACCCGUAUGCUUUCUAUGUCCAUUGUUUUGCACAUCAAUUGCAAUUGGUAGUCGUUUCUGUCGUAGGUAGUUGCACAUCUAUUCAUGAGUUCUUUGAAUAUGUUAAUAUGAUUGUGAUCACAACUAGUGCAUCUUGCAAGAGGAAGAAUUUAUUAUCUAGCAAGCACCGUGAGAACUUAUUGGCCAAGUUAGAUAGCAGUAAUAUUUUUUUCUGGAAGAGGGAAACAUCAAGAAACUAA